AUGAUUAAAAAAGAAUUAAAGAAAUUAUUAGUAAAACAAUCAGGAUCAGAAUUAUUAUUUUAUGAUUAUUUAAUAGAGUAUGAUGAACUUUUAGAUGAUUUACCAUUAAUGUCAACUCUAUCAUUUCAAGCAAUGAUUUAUAAAUAUAUAACGAUUUCAUUCAAUUUAAAUGGUUUAAAAUUUUUAAUUGAUAAUAAUAAAUCUUUAUAUAUGGUUGGUAAUUACCUUUUAGGUGAUAUUAGAAAUAAUUUUAAGAAAUCAAAGUCAAAUAUUAGAAAUGAAGAUAACAAAUUAAUAAUAAAAAAGUUUUGUGCUUGUAAUAAUGGUUAUAGAUUAAUUGAAUUUUUAAAAGUUUCAAAAAGUUAUAAUUUAUCAAUUAUAAAUGAUAUUAAUUGGAGUUUAAUAAUUGAUAAAUGUGAAAUUAGUAUAUUAAAUUCAAUUUUAUCAUUAGAGAUAUCAGAUUUAAAAAAGAAUUUAUUAUUAAAAAAUCAAAGAUUUAAAAAUUUCUCAAAUUUUAAAUGGUAUUUUGAAAAUUUAUUAAUUAAAUCAAUUGAUUUCUCAAAGAUUAUUGAAUAUUAUAAUUAUAAUAAAUUACCACCAUUCUCUUCAAAAUCUGAUAUAGAUUUCAUAAUUAAUAAUAAAUUAUUAUUAAUUGAUAAAAUUGGUUUAAAUUUAUUCUUAAAUUUACAAUCUUCAAAAACAAUUGAAUUAAAUCAUUAUUUUUAUAAUCAAUUUUCAAAAUUUUUAAUAAUACCACCAUCAUCAACUAAUAAUAAUAAUAAUAAUAAUAAUAAUAAUAAUAAUAAUAAUAAUAAUAAUAAUAAUAAUAAUAAUAAUAAUAAUAAUGAACAUAUAUUAAAAUUUAAAAUUUAUCAAAAUUCAAUUAAUAAUGCAAUUAGAGAUGGUGAUAUAAAAACAUUGAAAGAAAUUGAUUCAUUAAAUUUAAAUUUCUCAAUAAUAGAUAAUGAUAAAGAUGAAGAUGAUAAUGAUAAUAAUAAUGAUAAUAAUUUAUUAAAAGAAUUACCAAAUGGUGAUAUUGGUAUAACAUUAUUUAAAUAUAUGGUUAAAAAUAAUGAAAGAUUUAAAAGGAUAAUUUCAAAAUUAGAUUUCAAUAAAAUUGAUAAUAUUAAUUUAUUAUUAUUGUUUAUUAGCUUAUUAAGUAAACCAAAAGCUUGGGAAAUUGCAUUACACCUUUUAUUACAAAUUAAAUCAGUCUCUAGACUUGAUUCAAAAUUAAAAUUAAAAUUUAAAGAAUCAUUCAAUAAAUUACAUCAUUCUGAUCAAUUAAAUGUUAAUAUUAAUAAUGUAUCAAUAGUUAAUGAUAAUGAUCAUAAUCCAAUAAUAGUAUUUAAAUUAAUUAAACAAUUAUCAAAUUUAUUCACAAUUAAUAAUUUUAAAAACUUAUCAAAUUCAUCAUCAAUUAAAAAAGUUUUUCAAAUAACUUUUAAUUUUUUAUUUAAUAUUUAUUUAAAAUCAAUUUCAAAUAAUAAUAAUAAUAAUAAUAAUAAUAAUAAUAAUAAUAAUAAUAAUAAUAAUAAUAAUAAUAAUAAUAAUAAUAAUAAUAAUAAUAAUAAUAAUAAUAAUAAUAAUAAUAAUUAUAAUUAUAAUAAUUUAGAAUUAAAAGAACCAAUUAAAUUAGUAAAAGAAGUGAUUUCAAUAUUAAAGGAAUGUUCAAUUAGUAUACCACAUGGAUUUUAUCAAAUUUUAUAUUAUAUUCAUAUAAAAUCACCAAAAUUAUCAAGUUUUAUAUUAUUAAAAGAUUCAGUUGGAUUUAUAUUGGAUGGUUUAACAGGUGUUCCAUCAUCAAAUUGGUCACCUUAUUUCAAUCCUUUUAAUUCUUUCUCUUUUGAUAUUAUCAUUAAUAGUAGUUUUGAAGAAUUAUUCUUUAAAAUUAAAAAUGAUAUGGAUUUAGCAAAUCAUCAUAAUGCUGCUGAUCAUUUAGGUAUUCAAAAUCAACAACUAUUAAAUAAUUCAAAUCAAUCAAAUUUUUAUGAUGAUAUUAUAUUUUUAUCAGCAUCAAAUAAAAGUGAUGUAAUAUUUAAAUUAUUUGAAAAUAAUAUAAAUUUAUCAACAUUUAAUAAUAAUAAUGAUAUCGAUAAACCACCAUUUGAAUUUAUUAGAAUAUUAAAAUUAGAUUUAUUUGAAAGAAUUAUUAAAUUGGAAAAUGUAUUAUCAGAAUUAAAUUGGAUAUUCGAAUCUGCAAUGAUUUUCAAUAGAUUGGAUAUUUUAGAAUAUAUAACAGUAAAUGUUUUAGAUUAUAAAGAAAGAAUAACUUCAUUUCAAACUCAAUAUAUAUUUUUUGAAAAGAAUUAUUUUGAUAUUAUUAAAUUUUUAUUAAAUAAUGAUCAUUUUAAAAAGUUAUUAUUAUUUCCAAAUCAAAAACAUCAUCAUCAUCAUCAUCGACAACAAAAACACCAACAAAGACACCAACUUAAUGUGAAAUUUAAAUUAUUUAAAAAUGAAGGGGAAAAAGAAGAGGAACAAGAAGAAGGAUUAGAAGAAGAACUUGAACUUGAUGAAGAUAUGAUUAUGGAUGGAAAAGAAGAAAAAGAAGAUUUAGUUUUAAAUAAUUUUUUUAAUUGUUGUUUUUCAAAAGGAUAUAUUGAUUUAACUGAAUUAUUAUUUGAACAUUUUCCAAAGAAAUUAUCAAUAUCAAUUUCAAAUUUAAAACAUGCAAUUGACAAUAGAGUACCAAUGCAAUUUGUAAUGACCAAUGAUGGUGAUAAUCUUGGUAAUUUCACAGUCAAAACUCAUUUUGCAAAAUUCUUUUCAACAUAUUACAGUUGUGGAGAUCUUGGUCAUCAUUAUUUCGACAUUGCUGUAGCUGAUAUUAACAAAAACAAGGUUGCAAAUUUCACAGUUGACAUUAAUUUAGAAGCUCUCGAAGGUAGUUAUGUUUCAACCAAAACUGAUUCUUUAGUUGUUCAGCCAGGUUAUGCUGUUGGUAAUCCAAUUUGUAAUCAAGGUAGUUAUUCUCUAAUGUUUUUUGCUUCAAUUUUAAUUCCAAUUUAUAAAUCAGAAUAA